UCUCUCUACUUGGGGGCGUGCGAAUAGUGUGCUGACAGAGGGGUAGAAGGGUGGGAGCUGGACAGGGGGUGCAGAUUACCCCUGCCGUCAAAGGGAAGCAAAGUCAGCAAUUGGCGUUGAUGACGCUGCACUGGCAGAAGAGCCAAUCGCAUCCUUCCUGCCCCUGGCAGCUGAAGCCUCAUUUCUGCAUUUAUCCCAAUGCAGGCUAAGACACGGAUGGAACAUGCGAUAGAAGAGGAGAUGGGGAAAAAAAAUGUACAGCACUUGAAAGCCAUCAUUAACUGAUUUGACUGAAAGAAAACCAGAGGAGCAUCAGUCUCUGCAAGCUGCGGACUCUUAAAACUCACGCUGCCUGCUCGGUUUAACUCCUCUCCCAGAUAUAGAAGAAAAAGAUAAAGGGGGAAGGGAAUGUGAAGGAGCCAAUGCAACUUAGCUGGAAGCUUUGAACAUUAACCCCUAGAGGGAAAGGAAAGGAGGAGUGGGAGGGGAGCUGUGUGAAUACAUAGGAGCACUGCAUCACGCUAAUGUUCAGCACAGAACAGUAUGCGUCAGCAGUACAUCCACGUUCUGACUGAAGGACGAAAGGAUGAGAGAGCAGCCUGGCUGGUUGGCUGCUGCUUCCAACACCAAGCAAACAGGGAGAGAGGAGGACUGUUAACAGAGGAAAAUGCUACGGGGCUCCGAUAUCGCUGCCUGUGCUGCUGCCUGCUCUCCUGCUGCUAGAACAACCGGACAAGAAAUUAAAGGUAAAACGUGGAGAAGCACUCAACUCACUACCUCACAACAAAAGGAGCUACAGUGGGAUUUCCACAAGGAAGGAGAGAAAAGGCUGUGAAAUCUGUCCCUUCUCCGGACCAAUCUUAACCAAGGGCUCAGCACUGAGGUGUGCGACUGUGUGUGUGUUUCCCUCUCCAGCGUACUUUCUACCAGCUCUCCCUUUCCCCAGAUUUGACCCCCCUUUUACUUGCUCUCCUCUGAGAUAUUGGUGGAUUAUUGCUAAGUGUGCAAGAGAUAGGCUGCAGCUGCUGCAUCCGUGGCUUGGAAAGCAAAGCUAGUUUAAAAAAAAAAAAAAGGCAGCAAGGAGAGAGGGGAAAAAACAGCAGUCAAUGCCUGCAAUGUGCUGCCUUUCUCUUUGUACAAACCAGAAUCCUGCAGACAGUCUGUCUAUUGCAGGAAUACCCAUGGAAUAUUAGGAGACUGAGAAACACUGCGCCCUUCAAAAGGGAAUUAGAGGGGCUCGAAAGAUUUGGAAUUGUGCAUCUGUUUGCAAUCUCAAAAACAUCUAUUGAAAGCUGCAUUUUUGAUUCUUUUAGAAAUGGAUAAUCUCCAGUCUUCUGUCGGAGACAGCAGUGGAAUCCAAGGACGAAUAGCUCAACUGCAAAAGGCACCAGUCCCGGGGGAGCAGCAGAAUGAUGCACCUGCAUAGCCAAGUGGGCCUCACUCCCUUGUUACAUUACUCUUAAUUUUUAUUUUUUUGUCUUCUUCUUUGGGAUCUACUGAAGGAGCCAUUUUGCCUCUCAUCAUCAUCACCAUCAUCACAUGCCUAUUACCUUCUGUAAUUUAAUUCAGUAAUUAAAUUGAGGAAUAUAUGGAAGGACAAACAGAGCCCACAGUUGUGCUGGACAGAGGCACUGGCACAAGGAAUAUGAAAAGAUCCUUUCCUAGGUAAUUGCAAUUAAAACCCUUCGCUUUUUUCUUUUUUUUUUACAAAUGUAUGAUAAAAUAUUUUGCCAUUUAUCUUUUUAAAAGCUGGUUGUCUCACUGUCUAGUAUCCCUCCUACUGACCACCACUCCCACCUGUGUAUAGAUGGAAAAGGGAAUUUGCAGCCUCCUGAAGCCUGGGUAGGGCCAAGUUCUCGUUUCCAUGCCAAGUCCCAGACGAUGGUGAAUUAUGAACGUGCCACAUCAUGAAUUUCUUGUGGCUGGUAACUGUGCACCAUACCUGGAAGGCCGUCCUAUUCUCUGUAAUCUACCUCAUGGUGCAAAUGUGGAUCCCCUGUGAAUCAUUUUCAGGGCAGCAAAACUGCCCUUCUGUCUGCUCCUGCAGUAACCAGUUUAGCAAAGUGGUCUGUACGCGGCGUGGCCUCUCUGAAGUACCACAAGGUAUCCCAUCUAACACACGGUACCUCAAUCUCAUGGAGAAUAACAUCCACAUGAUCCAAGCGGACACUUUCCGGCAUCUUCAUCAUUUGGAGGUGUUACAACUUGGUAGGAACAAUAUCCGUCAAAUAGAGGUUGGGGCUUUUAAUGGUUUGGCCAGCCUCAACACUCUGGAGUUGUUUGACAACAGACUGACUGUAAUCCCCAGCGGGGCAUUUGAGUAUCUUUCCAAGUUGAGAGAACUGUGGCUCAGGAAUAACCCUAUUGAGAGCAUUCCAUCCUACGCUUUCAAUAGGGUACCAUCACUGAUGCGCCUGGACCUUGGAGAGCUUAAAAAGUUGGAAUAUAUUUCUGAGGGAGCUUUUGAGGGAUUGUACAAUCUAAAGUACCUCAACCUUGGAAUGUGUAAUAUCAGAGACAUGCCAAACCUUACACCCUUGAUAGGGCUAGAGGAAUUAGAGAUCUCUGGGAACAACUUUCCUGAAAUAAAACCUGGAUCUUUUUAUGGGUUGAGAGCACUAAAAAAGUUGUGGAUUAUGAACUCCCAGAUAAACACCAUAGAGCGCAAUGCUUUUGAUGAUCUGACAUCCUUAGUAGAAUUGAACUUGGCCCACAAUAACUUAUCAUCCCUUCCACAUGACCUAUUUGCUCAUUUGAGGUACUUGGUGGAGUUACAUUUGCACCACAACCCAUGGGACUGCGAUUGUGAUGUUCUCUGGCUCGCCUCAUGGCUACGAGAAUAUAUCCCUACCAACUCCACGUGCUGUGGUCGCUGUCAUUCCCCACUGCACAUGAAGGGGAAGUAUGUGGUUGAGGUGGACCACUCAUCAUUUCAGUGCUCAGCCCCAUUUAUUAUGGACGCGCCAAGGGAUUUAAAUAUCUCAGAAGGAAGAGUGGCAGAACUCAAGUGUAGAACUUCAGCCAUGUCAUCUGUUAGGUGGCUGCUACCCAAUGGUACUGUGCUAAGCCACGCAUCCAAUCAUCCACGAAUUACCAUCCUCAACGAUGGGACGUUAAACUUCUCUCAUGUACUGCUCACUGACACAGGGGUCUAUACAUGCAUGGUAACCAAUGUGGCAGGAAACUCAAAUGCUUCGGCCUAUCUCAACGUCAGUACCGCAGAGCUCAACACUUCAAACUACAGCUUCUUCACUACUGUCACUGUGGAGACCACGGAUAUGGCUCCUGAGGAAAUCUCUAUGAUAAUCAAACCGGUGCCAACCACUUCCACGGGGUACCAGCCAGCAUAUACUACCACUACCACCGUGCUUGUCCAGACCACCAAAAUGCCCAAACAGGUGGCAGUGCCAACUUCAGAUGCUGGAGAUAAAAUGCAAACUAGCCUGGAUGAGGUAAUGAAAACCACCAAGAUUAUUAUUGGCUGCUUUGUGGCAGUCACACUUUUGGCAGCCGCCAUGCUAAUAGUGUUUUACAAACUACGAAAAAGGCAUCAACAGAGGAGCACUGUGGCGGCUGCGCGAACUGUCGAGAUAAUCCAAGUGGACGAGGACAUCCCAAGUGGGAGUCCCACUGGAAUAUCAGGUGAGGGGGCGGUUGUGUUGCCGACCAUUCACGACCAUAUGAACUUUAACACCUACAAGCCAGCACAUCAUGGGGCCCAUUGGACGGCUAACAGUAUCGGUAAUUCUCUACACUCCACAAUUACAACCAUCUCUGAACCUUAUAUAAUUCAGACCCACACAAAAGAGAAGGUACAGGAAACUCAAAUAUGACUUUUUUCAAAUUAAAAUGCAAUAGAAUGCACAAAAGACAGCAACUUUUGUACAGAAAGAGAGACAAUUUUGUUUUCUUGUAAAUGCUUAUAUAUUAAAUCUAUGGGCUGAUGACAGAAACAGAUUAUAUUAAAAUUUAAAACUAUUUUCUAACUUGUAAGUUCUAUUUAAAGAGGUGUAAUGGAUAGGCAGAAAAUUAUAUAAAAAGGGAUGCUGUUAAAUGUGCCAUAAUGAAUACAUUCAAGGUUUAGCCCUGUUUAAUUAGAAAGCCAAAUUAAUAAGAAACCCUUGAAUGCAUUUCACGGUCUUAAAUAAAAUACUGCUCUGAUGUAGGAGCAACACCCCAUUUCUAAAGAAAAUUCUUUUAUUAAGUCCCAGAUCAAUCUUUGCAACAAAAAACAAAAAAAAAACAAAAAAACAAAAAGGGAAACAGCACCACAAAUUUGUACUGUGCCAAACAAAAAAAUGAAAUGCAAUAAAGGAAUUUUUUGGACACUUUGAGGGAAAUAAUUUGUUAUACCAGUUAUUUUAAUACAGCGUUCCUAAAUUAUUUUUCAUACAGGGUAUGAAGGCACCUUAUGUGGCCGAGGGUGUAUGCUUUGCAAUAUCUAGGAUCCCUAAGUCACUACUAAGAGAAAAGAAUACAGUAAGACAAUUUAAAGAAAUCAGAAAAAAAAACAGUUUUGCUCUGAUAUACACAUCUAGCAAAUACACGAUCCAGGAUGCUAAAGAGCUGGCGCAUCUUUCCACUCUGCACCAAACUCCUGCAGAUCUAUUUAACCCUUCCUCAGGCUGAUGAGGUUUCUUGUUGAGAAAAUGUGUGAUAACAGUUAGAUUGGCUGGGUCUGAGACUGAAUUUGUAUGCAAUCAUUUUUUUUAUUUGAAAAGGUCUGCAGUGCCUUGAUGUGUAAAACAACAAUCUCAGAAGGGGUUAGGAAAGGGGUCAAUAAAUGCUCCUAGGUUAACUCAUCAGGGUGUGCAAGAAAUGAAGGAAUCGCCUUGUAACUGUUUUCUGCUGAUCUGUCUUUUGCUGCAGUAAAGUGACAACAAUGUGAAAGAUCCUCUGAGCUAACAAGUAGUAAAUAACAGCUUGUUCAUAUAAGCCAGGAGCCUUUGACCCAUAGAACACAUCUCAUUACAGGGAAAUGAAGCAAUGGUUAAUAUUGUGUCAUGAUUGGUCUAACAGAUUGAAACUGGAGAAUGGUAUGUGUACAUCUUGCAAGAAAUAUAUAUUGUGGUUUCCCAUACCCAUCAAAAGAGGGCUGUAAUUUACUGUGCUGUAGUGUGUGCUGCAGGCCUCUUCUCGUGGUAAGGGGUAAUCGAGAUCUUUGCAGAUAAAAAUCCUAGCAACCAGAUGUGGGGUAGUAAAUACUUUUGCUCAUUGUCUUUCUGCGUUGAAUAAAAAAACAUCUCUACUUGCUGCUA